GUGGCCGGAUAAUUGCUUGUGCUUUUAGAAAACCUCUCAUUUGACUUUGGAUUAUCAUACGCAAUCGACCAAUUCGACGGAUCUGGUAUUUGAUUGUUACCAUCUUCUUCUUCUUCUUCUUCUCACAAGCCAGAUACUACGAAUCAUUUGCUCGAUUUUUUUCUUUCCUUCUGAAAAAUAGGUAAAAACUUUAUCUUUUGUCUCUGGUUCAAUCUUCUUGACUUUAAUCCGGCGCAGAGAAUCUCAGGAAUCAAUGGGACCCAAAGCUCGAACGUUGGUUAUUCUCUUGCUUGGUUUGACCUUGCUUUCUGACGCUAGAUCUUUCUUUGACUCCACCCUCUCAGAGGAAGUUUCCAAGAAGGAAGACGUUUGCAAACUGUGUGAGGAAUAUGUUACUGAUGCUCUCAGCUACCUUGAGAAAAAUGAAACACAAGCCCAGAUAUUCGAAGAUCUUCAUGAUCAGUGUUCCCAAUUGCGCGGAUUUUCGCAGCAGUGCAUAACUCUGGUUGAUUACUAUCUCCCUCUCUUCUUCAUGCAACUGGAGUCGUUUCAACCUCAUUAUUUCUGCAAGAGGAUGAAUCUUUGUGGCAAAGUGGUAGCUCUUGUGGAAGAAGCCCGUCAAGACAGUUGCGGUGUAUGCCACAGGACCGUUUCAGAGAUUCUCAUCAAACUUCAAGAUCCCGACACACAGUUGGAUAUAGUUGAACUGCUUCUCAAGGGAUGCAAAUCGUUCAACAACUACGAGAAGAAGUGCAAGAAGUUGGUGUUCGAGUAUGGACCUCUGAUCCUCGUUAAUGCAGAGGAAUUCCUAGUGAAAAACGACAUCUGUACACUCUUACGCGCAUGUCCGGCCGAGAAAACGGUUCUAAGGCAGCCCGGGUCGGCGGAUUCUUGAAUGUUAAAACAAUGGGUCUAAUUAGGAACAGGAGCUGCUGUGUAUUGUCCAUAAGAAUUGUUGCAGACUUUGUGAACUGUCUGUGUGUAUGGUUAGACACACUCCGUAAACGUUUCUUUGCGCUUGUGUAAAUAAUAAUCGCUAUAAUUAUUGUUACCACUGUCAUAAAAUGAUUGUAUUCUAUAAUAUCCCUUUUCAGGGUAUUACAUGUAUAAACUAUGUCUUUAUUUUUAUCAUC